UUAAAAUAGGUUGAUUGACCCCGUCCGGCCAUUAAGUAACCAAAUCAAAAUUCGACCUAAUUAAUAAUUAAUUAUCUUCCAAAUAGAUGUCUAUAAGUUGAUACCCACUCAUGGAUCAAAAUCUUGAACAAGUACAAUUCACAACAGCCAUGGCACCACCAAGAGUACCUUUAUUCCAAUUCUACCCUCACCUUCUUCUUCUUCUUUUCCUCUCAUUUGUACUGAUCAUGCAAACUGUAACACCAUUGCCAGUACACAAAGCUCCGAGACUAUCGCUACAUAAUAAAGACGCGUUACUAAUCUCGAGAAGCCGGCCCGGCGGCGCAAUAUCGGCCAAUGCUUUACUGGAUUUUAAGACAUAUUUUUACAGACAAACACUUGAUCAUUUCAACUAUGCACCUCAGAGCUAUGCAACUUUCAGACAAAGAUAUGUGGUCAACUCUAAAUACUGGGGUGGUCAAAGUUUUAAUAACUCCCCGAUUUUUGCGUAUCUUGGAGCCGAGGCGCCGAUCGAUAAUGACUUAAGCGUUGUUGGUUUUCUCAAUGACAAUGCUCCUUCUUUCAACUCUCUCAUAGUUUUCAUUGAGCAUCGAUACUAUGGAAAAUCGAUCCCCUUCGGGACGAUGGAGGAGGCGAUGAAAAACGAGACGACUCGUGGAUAUUUCAACUCGGCUCAAGCUAUAGCUGAUUACGCCGCGAUUUUGUCGCACAUCAAGCAUCAAUUUUCAGCGCACGAUUCGCCAAUAAUCGUCGUUGGAGGAUCGUAUGGUGGAAUGUUGGCUUCGUGGUUUCGACUAAAGUAUCCACACAUUGCUUUAGGUGCCCUGGCUUCGUCAGCCCCUAUUCUUUAUUUCGAUAAUAUUACACCACAAAAUGGUUAUUACUCUAUUGUUACCAAAGAUUUCAAGGAGGUUAGUGAUAAUUGUUACAAAACAAUUCGAAGAUCAUGGGCUGAAAUCGACAGAGUAGCAUCGAAACCUAACGGCCUCGACAUUCUUAGUCAAAGAUUCAAGACUUGCUCGAAAUUGAAUAAUGCGGAAGAGCUAAAGGAUUAUUUGGAGACGAUAUACGCGGUGGCGGCUCAGUAUAACCGUCCGCCGAAUUAUCCAGUGACGAUGGUGUGUAGAGGAAUCGACGGAGUUCACAACGGAAGCGACGGUGAUGUAAUUGGCCGUAUAUUCGCCGGCGUUGUUUCGUAUAAGGGGAAUAAGACAUGCUAUGAUAUGAAUACAUAUAAUUAUCCUUCUGAAACUAGCAUUGGAUGGCAAUGGCAAACUUGUAGUGAAAUGGUGAUGCCAAUUGGGAGAGGGCAAAACGAGACAAUGUUUCCGGCAGCACCUUUUAACUUAGAUGAAUUCAUCAAAAUUUGUUCAGAAAUAUAUGGUGUCCCACCUCGACCACACUGGAUCACUACUUACUAUGGCGGCCACGAUAUUAAAUUGGCUCUUAACCGGUUUGGCAGCAACAUAAUUUUCUCCAAUGGCCUAAGAGAUCCAUACAGUAGUGGAGGGGUGCUAGAAGACUUGUCCGAAAGCGUCGUUGCAGUAACUACACGUAACGGUUCGCACUGUCUGGACAUACUUCAAGCAACGAAAACUGACCCAGAAUGGCUGAUCAUGCAAAGAAACACAGAGCUUCAGAUUAUUCAAGGAUGGCUCACUACAUAUUAUGCUGACCUCAAAUCCUUAAACAAAUAGAAUAAAAGAACAAGCUUUAUAUAUAAUUGUUAUAUAAAUAAAUAUUGAUGAAGAUUGAAUCAUCAAAUUAACGUAUUACCUCUGUGUAAUUCAAAUCUACUGUGUGUUUAUUGUCGGAAGACCGAUUUUUAUGGAGAUGUAUAAAUAUUAAAUGAUUCACAUCA